AUGCCAGGGCUGCAGGGAGCCACGCUGGUGGAGCUGCCCCGCAAGCUGCACCGCAGACUGCUCCCCCGGACCGACAUCGCCGAGUCGGUGGUUCACACGGCCGUGAUGGGGCUGCUGCUCGUCAGUGGGCAGACCCAUCACACCCUACUGCUGGGCUCGGGCCAUGUUGGCCUCAGGAACCUGGGCAACACGUGCUUCAUGAACGCCGUGCUGCAGUGCCUGAGUAGCACCAAGCCACUGCGGGACUACUGCCUGCGCCGGGACUUCCAGCAGGAGCAGCCCCCUGGCCCCCGUGCCCCCCAGGAGCUCACUGAAGCCUUUGCCGAUGUCAUCGCUGCCCUCUGGCACCCCGACUCCUCCGAGGCUGUCAACCCUGGGCGCUUCAAGGCCAUCUUCCAGAAAUAUGUCCCCUCCUUCACCGGGUACAGCCAACAGGAUGCCCAGGAGUUCCUCAAGUUCUUCAUGGACCGGCUGCACGUGGAGAUCAACCGCAAGGGCCGCAGGACCCCCAGCAUCCUCUCGGAUGCACGUCGGACCCCUGUGCUGGAGGACCCUGAGACGCUGAGCGAUGAUGAACGCGCCAACCAGAUGUGGAAGCGAUACCUGGAGAGGGAGGACAGCAAGAUCGUGGAUCUCUUUGUGGGGCAGCUGAAGAGCUGCCUCAAGUGCCAGGCAUGCGGAUACCGCUCCACCACCUUCGAGGUCUUCUGUGAUCUCUCCCUGCCCAUCCCAAAGAAGAGCUUUGCUGGAGGCAAGGUCUCGCUCUAUGACUGCUUCAGCCUCUUCACCAAGGAGGAGGAGCUGGAUUCAGAGAAUGCCCCGGUCUGUGACAAGUGCCGGCAGCGGACGCGGAGCACGAAGAAGCUGACGAUCCAGCGCUUCCCCCGCAUCCUGGUGCUCCACCUGAACCGGUUUUCCACCACCCGCUACUCCAUCAAGAAAUGCUCCGUCUUUGUGGACUUCCCCCUGCAGCAGCUCAAUCUGCGGGAGUUUGCCAGCGAGAAGGCAG